AUGGAAAAGGAACAAGAGGAGGAAGAGAAAGAACUAAUACAUUUCAUCAAAUUCAAGCCAAAAUUAGGGUUUGAUGUUCGUGUUGUCGCUUCCGCUUCGCGAAGGAUUUUGGUAAACUUUCUUACCUGUAGACCUGCAUCUUCUCGUUUUGCUUUCCAUGAGGAUGACUAUACACAUCCUUGUCACCCCCUGUAUGUGCAUCCUUCUGAUGUGCUAGGAGCUUCUUUAGCUUCAGUGCCAUUUGAUGGCACUGGUUAUGGGAGCUGGAGACGCACCAUUCUAGUGGCUCUCUCUGUCAGAAACAAACUUGACUUCGUCAAUGGAGUCUCUGACAUAGCUCGUAGUGUUGAGUAUUCUGAGCUUGCCAAAGACAUUUGGGGAAAAUUGGAACAGAGAUAUGGUCAGGCUAAUGCUGCUAGAAUUUUUGAACUCAAAAAGGAAUUAGCCCAUAUCUCCCAACGGUCUCUUGAUAUUGCAUCCUAUUUCAAUAAAAUCAAGCAACUCUGGGAUGAGAUUGCUGCCUUAUCAGUCACUAGAGUCAGGACAUGUAGUAAUUAUGGUGCUAAGUCUGAUUAUCAGAAGGAUGAGGAUGUCCAAAAGGUUUACCAAUUUCUGAUGGGUUUAAAUGAUACAUACAUACAGACUAGGAGCAACAUCUUCAUGAUUAAACCUUUUCCUUCUGUUAGCACAGUUUACAGCAUCUUACUGUCAGAUGAAAAACAGAGACAAGUUUCUACUUCUCCUCAGUUUCUCCCUAGUUCUGCUUCAUUCAAUGCUGGUGUAUCCAAGCAAGUCUACCCUUCCAGAGUCAAUUUUGAUUCUUCCAAGUCUGCAAUCUGUAAGUAUUGCAAGAAAUCAGGACAUACCAUUGACAAAUAUUACAAGUUGCAUGGGUAUCCUCCCAACUUCAAGUUUACUAAAGGGCCUCCUCUAAGGAAAACUGCUGCUCAUGUUGAGUUGGAGCAAGAUUCCUCUUCCAAUGCUGUGGUUCCUGGUGGAAGGUCUCAAUCUGAUAUCUCUUCUGAAAGUGUUUUUGACUCAAUGGUGCCUGGUCUCACUAAGGAUCAAUAUUCACAACUGAUGAUGCUUCUUCAACACACUCAUAUCUUUGAUUUAUCCUCAACUCCGAAUAUCAUGGCUUCUGCCAAUUUUGCUGGUAAGCUGAUAUCUGAGAGUGUUUUGCUCAAAUCUUGUAUGCUUUCUCAAGCCCUUUCACCGAAGAUGCCUCUGGUGUUUGGUAAACUGGAUCACAAUCUCUACAAGCUUAUUCUACCCCCUGUUGCUUCUAACACAUCUGUUAAUUCUUCUGUCAUUCCCACUUCUUUUGUUGCUUCUUCUCUUAUGCCUGAUGUCUGUGUUUUUUCUUCUGAGAUUAGUGCAAAUGUAACUAGUGCUUGUUCUAAUAAGAGACAUGUACAUGCUGAUGCAAACAUGAACAGUUUUAAUAAAAUGGAUGUUGUUUGGCACUAUAGACUUGGGCACAUUCCUUUUUCUAGAAUGAAACAUAUUCCUGCUCUUGCUCUAUAUUUUUCUCCCAAACAGUCAUUUUCUUGCCCAGUUUGUCCCCUAGCAAGGCAAACCAGACUCCCAUUCCCUGAUAGCAGUAUACAAACGACAAAGCCUUUUCAGUUAAUAUACAUUGACACUUGGGGUCCUUAUAAUUCUCCCACUUAUAAUGGCUCAAAGUAUUUUUUGACCAUUGUAGAUGAUUUCUCUAGAGCCACUUGGACCCACCUAAUGGGUGCCAAAAGUAAUGCCUUUGACCUCUUAAAGGCUUUCAUAGCCAUGACUGAAAUACAUUUCCAGUUAAAAGUUCAAACUGUAAGAAGCAAUAAUGCCCUAGAAUUAGGAUCAAGCACUGUUGGUUCUGCAUACUUCUCUGAGAAAGGGAUCAUACAUCAAACAUUAUGUCCUCACACUCCACAACAGAAUGGAGUUGUAGAAAGAAAACACAGACAUCUCUUAGAAACUGCUAGGGCCCUUCUCUUUCAGUCUGGACUUCCCAUUAGAUUCUGGGGAGAUUGCAUUCUCACUGCCACCUAUUUGAUAAAUAGGUUCCCUUCCAGUUUGUUAAAAGAUAAAAGUUCCUAUGAAAUACUCUAUAACAAACUUCCUGUUUAUUCCAAUCUUAGAGCCUUUGGAUGUCUAUGCUACUCUACUGUGCCAAAACCUCAUAGAGACAAACUUCAACCAAGGGCUACCCCCUGUGUGUUUUUAGGAUAUCCCUUUGCAAAGAAAGGAUACAAAUUGUAUGAUUUGAAGCACCAUACUUGUUUUGUUUCCAGGGAUGUUACCUUUCAUGAACAUAUAUUCCCUUUCAUUCAAACAACAUCAAAGCAUUCUCCCCUGUGUAACAUGCCUCUUUCUGCCUGUUUCAACCAUUCUCAUCAAUCUGACCUUUCUGAGCCUACUCCAUUAUACCAUCCUUCCCCCAGUUUGCCAACAACUUCAUUCCCUAUUGAUUCCUCUCCAAUAGUUUUCACCAUUAAUCCCCUGCCUUCUCUUUCUCCCUCCUUGCCACCUGAGACCAUCUCUUUCUCUAUUUCCAGUGAAACAGUUUCUGUGGUUAGAAGGUCCUCCAGGCCUCAUAACCCUCCUUCCUAUCUCCAAAACUAUGUAUGCCAUCUUACUUCCCAAAGCCUCAAAUUUGCUAACUCCACCUCUGUCUCUGCUCUUGAUAAGCAUAAUAAUUUUGAGCCUAAUAUUUACUCACAAGCAGUAUCCAAUCUUGAGUGA